AUGUCAGGGACAUCACAAGUACUUCAAAACGAUUCCCAUCAAUCACAGCACGCAUCUAUGGCUUAUAAUCAAAGACAACCAAUGAUGUAUCCACCACCACCACAACAACAACCACUUCAUUCACAAAAUAGUUUACCUCCAUUGCCACCAAUACCUGCUCCAUCUUUACCUCCUAUAUCAAAUAAUAUAUCGAAUGGUAAUACUAAUGAAUUGAAUAACAACAAUCAGCAACAACAACAACAUGGACAGCCACCACUUCCACCACCACCAAUUAAUGCAAAUCAACAAUAUUAUGCCGUGCCUCCUUUACGUGCACCACCUCCAUUGAAUACUUUAUCAUCAGUAGUAAAUUCUUUACCAACACUAACGCCGACAUUAACCAAUGCUACACAUUCGACUAUGUCAUCUAAUUCAUCAGCUGAAUCGUCGGCAUCAAGUUCAUCUAAUUCAAUAACUAAACCUAAAUCAAAAAGAUCAAGUAAAGGUAGAGUAUUUCAAUGUACUGGAUAUCCUGGUUGUAAUAUGUCCUUCACUAGAAGUGAACAUUUAGCUCGUCAUAAACGUAAACAUACUGGUGAACGACCUUUUACUUGUCCUUAUUGUUCCAAAAAUUUCAGUCGUUUAGAUAAUUUACGUCAACAUAAACAAACUGUACAUGCUUAUGAAACUUAUUUAACUAAGGAUAAUCGUGAUAGUAAAUUAUUAAUUGAACGAUCUAAACUGAAAAAGAAAUUGAAACAACAAGAGAAGAAAGCUCAACAACAAGCUCAACUUCAAGCUCAAGCUCAAGCCCAGGCACAAGCCCAAGUUCACAUGCAACAACAUCAACAAAAUGGGUAUAACUUCCAACCUCCAUAUCCUCAAUUUCAUAAUCAAUAUUAUGCAAAUAAUCAAUAUCAAGGUCCUCAACCACCCCCACCUCCAGCACCACAACAACAAGUACCUGGUCAGCAACAACCACAACCACAACAGGGAAUGCCUGCAGGUUAUUUGGAUCCAUAUAGACAAUAUCCACCAAAUACCACUUUUGAUCCUAUGGCAUUGCCACCACCACCUAAAAUUAAUGCUCAUCCUCAAAAACCAUUACCUCCAUUACCUCAUCAAAUGGGUGGUGGUCAAGAACAACCUUCUGAUAACGUAUCACAACAAGGAUUAAAAAUACCUGAUCAUGCAUUUACACCUAAAAGAAGACCCGAACCAUUGGCAUUACAACAUUCUACUCAUUCUAAUGAAAAUAUUAGUAAUGAAGGGAAUAUUAAUGCCAAUACCAACACCAAUAUGAACACGGUGACAUCAUCGAUUACAUCAGAUGCAGUUUAUCCACCACCACCUAGAUCAGCAACUUCAGCAGCUUCAUUAACACCUAAUUUAGCUAGUCCAUUAUCACCAUUAUUUCAUCAAUCAUUUAGUCAAACCACUUUGAAAAGUACACCUGAUCCAAGAGGUUCAACAAUCACUAAUUCUUCAAUAUCAAUAAAAUCACCCAUGUCACAACAUUUUUCAAUAUUAUCGGGUAAUUCGAAUUAUAGUAAUAAUACUACUAAUAGUUUACCUUCAGUAAGUAAUUUACCUCAUCCUAAUUGGGGCUCAACAAAUGGUACUACUGGUAGUAAUGGUACUAGUGGUGGUAGUUAUCAACAAAAUUCUUUUCAUCAACGUCAAAGUUCAGUUGUUAGUGAUUUUCUGAUAUUUUCUAAUAGUGAUAAUAGAAAAGAUAUUAAAAGUAAUUGGUUAAAAGGAGUUUUAAAUGAUGAUAAUAAUAAUAAUAAUAAUAAUAAUAAUGAGCAACAACAACAACAACUACAAGAUCCAAAAUUAGCAUCACCUGCUCCUACUUUACCCCCAGUAUCAAGCAUAACAGGUGGUGGUACGAGUAAUGGUAAUGAUUCAAUGAUGGUUGAUAAUAUGGAGAAUAAAAAUGAUGUAUCACAAUCAAAUGUGAUAAUUGAUUCUAAUAAUAAUAAUGGUGAUAAAAUGGUCAAUAAAUUAAAUUUCCAAAGUAUCGAACUUCACGAUAAUAAUAAUAAUAAUACUCCAUCAAUUAAAUCAACACAUUCAACUGAAACAAUACAAACUACUAUGGUUGUAGUGAAUAAACUGGAUCCUCCACCACUACUGACACCAACAACAAAUACAAAUACAAAUACAAAUAGUACGGCUACUACUAAUGCUACUGGGUAUGUUUCGAAAAAACCUACGAUAAAUAAUUUAAUAUCACAAUAA